CUUCCUCCCAGGCCUUAAUUCAAAUAUGAAUGGUCAGAAAGCAGUUGCACUUCAGGACUUCUGCAAAUCUCUCGGUCAUGCCUUUGUAAGGAUGUGGAAGUUCAGAUGGUAAUCUUCAAGAGUGUACGGUUGGAAAGUGGAGGAAGGAUGUUUUGUCUGUACUAGAUGAACUCACAGAUGGACCACAGAUUCUAGUGGGAUCCAGCUUAGGUGGAUGGCUGAUGCUUCAUGCAGCAAUAGCUCGUCCAGAAAAGGUGGCCGCUGUAGUUGGAGUAGCUGCAGCUGCAGACUAUCUUGUAACAACUUUUAAACAACUUCCCCUUGAGGUCCAAAAAGAAAUAGAAGAAAAGGGUGAAUGGAAGCUGCCAACAAAACACAACGAGGAAGGGUUUUAUUGUUUGUCAUAUGAGUUCAUUAAAGAAGCAGAAAACCACUGUCUGUUGAGCAAUCCUAUUCCUAUAACCUGCCCUAUAAAACUUAUCCAUGGCAUGAAGGAUGAAGAUGUCCCAUGGCAGGUAUCCAUGCAAAUUGCAAAUCGUGUUGUCAGCACAGAUGUGGAUGUGAUCCUCCGCAAAGUUGGUCAGCACCGAAUGAAUGAGAAGGAUGACAUGAAACUUCUUGUGUACACUGUUGAUGAUUUAAUUGACAAGCUGACAACCCUAGCAUGAGUUGCAUGUUAGCACUAAUGCAUGAGCUUAACACUCAGAUCUCUUCUGUGAUUAACCAAAACCUCACUUUUUUUAUGGCAAUGGAACACUGCUGAAUCUGGAAGGAAAGAAAGGAAGUGGAGCUUUAAUUUCUGUCUCCUUACCUCUGUUUUGUAAAUAAAGGUGUUUUCUUAAUGCUGCAUUUGCACAAAUGGUAGAAAAUGUGAAGAAAAUGCUGCUGUUUGUUGGAAAACUUUCCCCCACCUUGAUUUCCUGUGACUUUUUUUCAAGUUUCCUACGCUAUUUUGUACUGAAACAUGUUUACCUUUCUUACAUUUGUGCCAAUGGUUAAUUUUUGCUACUAUUAGAACUGUACAGUACAACUUAAUUUUUUAAUUCCUUUUGACAUCCUAAAAUAAAUAUUGUGUUUUAUUCUUUUAACAUUA